AAAAAUGUUUUCCUUCACCUAUCAAAAUCAGAAAAUAAGUCGUACAUCUUUCAGUGGCUUACGAACAUAGCAGCAGCCACUGUGAAGUCAUUUCUUAACAAACACGUGGAUUUUAUCAUAACUGAUCGAGAGGAAACUGGGAAAAAGUCAUUUCGCAAUAAGCUAAAAAUCUCCAAUGAAAAACGAAGCUCUCUGAUGCUUGGAAUUGCAACUACUAAAGUACCAGCAAUAAGAGGAUCGUCUUCCGUUUUUAAAAUUGCGUCUACUUGGAACAUAAAAAUCUUAAAAUAUACUGAUCUAGUGUCUUGCAUGGAAGAAUACCAAUAUAAACCAAUCCGGCUGGGUGCACAAAUUAGGAUCAAUACAAUGGGCCUUGUUCAUGCACUUCGCAAUCCUUUCGUAAAAGUAGAGGAUCAGACAAGGAAAUACAGACCAGAUAUUGUUGAGAUGAAAUCAUUCCCAUACCUUGACUUUAAUAAUGAGGGAACAUCAUCACCAUUCGAUACUUGGUUUAGGCAAAAUAGAUUAUGAUUACCAAAAAAAAAAAGCAGAACAAUAAUACAUUAUUAACAGCUCUAAAGCCUUGACAUGCUGCAUUUCUCUCACCGUAAAAUACGAGGGAUAUCGGUUGGGUCUAUCUUUGUCGUAAUUUAGAUUAUCAAACAUAUGUAAUAAUACAAUGUAAUACAAUAAAUUGGCUUGUUUUAUUACGCUUUUGUUCGUUUACUGCGCAAAGGGCAAGUUAAUCAAUGUUAUUGAUCAAAAUUCAAGGUUACCUUCGUCUUAAGUGAUUAUACUUUCAACGAAGACUUGAACAAGUUUUAAUUUCCAUUUAAUAUGGUCCCAUAAUUUUUUCUCAAAUUUAGAUUUAUCUGCUAGACGAGACGAGGAAAUUUUGUGGAUCAUUUCCAUUAACUGUUGCGCAAAAAAGUGCAUGAGGCAACUGUCUGUAGAAGACAUAAGAUAUGCUGAAGCAAAGAAAAAGGCAGGAAAGCGAAACUAUUUUUUAGAGUACCUGCAUCAACACAGUAGCUCUGAUGAUUCCAAUGAACUACAAACUGAAUUUUAUGUAAAAGGAAAGAUUGUGUGUAGGGAAGCAUGGCUUCUUGCACACAAUUUAAAUAAGGAAACCUUUAGACGAAUUUGGGGAAAAUUUAAAGAUGGUGCAAAUGUGCUGGAGCAUGGGAAUAAAGGAAGGAAGUCAAUCACUAGCAAGACUGCAGAUUGCAUUGCCUGGUUGCAGUUUUUUGUUAGCUGUGUAGGGGACCACCAACCAGACAAUGGUGGCAUCAAUUUACCAACAUGCUUUACUAAAAGUGACAUUUACAAAAAAAUGCUGGAGGAAAAUAAAGCACUCAGUCAGCCAACAGUAUCCCUUUCUCAUUUUUAUGGCCUAUGGGAAAGGAAUUUUCUUCAUGUCACCAUUCCCAAGGUAAGUGGCAUCAAAUAUGCAAUAGUUUUCAGUAUGAUGAUGACUAACACUUACAGGUGUGUGUAUUUUACAAACCAUUUAUGUAAUAAUAUCAUUGCUGUUCCAAUACAUUAAUUUGACAAUGGUACCCAAAGAGAACAUGAAAAUGUGUUAAAUAUGGAAACCUAGAUAGCAAAAUAGGGGGCCCAGUAGGUCAUGACCACCUCUUAUCCAACAAUCAUGAGUGAAAAAAGUUUUAUUUUGUGGCUUUGUUUGGUCUGUAAACUGCUGAGAUGAACCAUGCCUAGUUUUUUUUCAUGUUAUACCUCAUACAUGCAGAAAUGAUCUAUCAAUUUGAAUCUUCUAGGAAAAUCGCUUUACAAAAUGCACAGACUGCACAAAAUACAAGCAGGAGAAAGAGAAAACUGUGGACAAAGCCAGAAGGGCUGAAAUUGAUCACUUGCUGAAGCUUCAUCUUGAUUUAGUCUGGUGAGAGAAAUGUUUAAAAAAGUACAGUUAGUUUGAUGAACAAAAAAUCUGUCACAUCAAAAGCAAUUCACUAGUCUUCUGGUCUUAAGAACUAAUAAUAAUUUUUCCUUAUAUCACUAGGCAGGAAAGGAGGGUGUACUAUCUUCACAGGUAUAAAGCCAGGAGGUACCCAUCAAAGUAUGUGGCAAAUAUUGCUGAUGGUAUGGACCAACACACCACAAAUGUCCCAAGUGUGCGCCGAAUUACCAAGGCAAUGUCUGCACUUACGACUGUGGGAACACACCUUGUUGGUUCCAUUAUUCACAAUGGACAAGCACAAAAUGGAAAGGAGAUUUAUGGGUCAUUUGACUACUACCAGUAUCCUCAUGACUCUAAUCUCACUAUGACAGUUCUGUUGGAAGUCCUUGUAAGAUGGUCGGAGGAAUUUGACCUACCACCCAUUCUCUAUCUGCAGUUUGAUAACUGUGUUAGAGAAAACAAGAACCGCUACAUGUUUGCUCUAUUGGCACUUCUGGUUGAAGAGAAAAUUUUUGAAAAAGUAUGUUAUCUUGGGUAAUUUUAAAAGAAAUGCAUUUGCCUUAUUCACAUUUCCCACAAGGCACUUUGUUCAAGCAUCAAAAUGUCCCAUUGCAAUGUUUUCAAGGUCCAUUUGGGUGGGAAGUUAGUUUCCAUUCAAUCUCAAUUUUUGCAACUACUGAAGGAAUGUAACCUGAAGUUGAAAUUUAAAAAAAACAGCACCACUUUCCCUUCUUGUAUUUCAGAUAAGAGUUAACUUUCUCCCAGUGGGACAUACCCAUGAGGACAUAGAUGCCUUUUUUGGGGUUUAUUCAAAGCACUUAGACAAACUGGAUGUUUAUACAGUCACAGGUAAGUUGUUCUAACAUAAAGUAAUUACUUCAAGGUACAGUUGGAGUAACUGAGAGGUUCAACAAUCAAAACUGCCUGUGCAGUGUGAUAAUCUUGUGUGGCAAAUAUUCACAUAAGUUAUCUAUCAAUAUAAAUACAUAGCAACUAGCACUGUGAUCAAACAAAUUUCUGCACGAGGCAAGAGCAUGGUUCAAAAUUUAGUCUAUAGAAAGUAUGAACACUUCCACUUGAAUUAACAGAUUAAAUGUGACAUUGACAUGUUAUAAAUUUGGUGUAAAUGCUUAUUUACAGAGUACAUGUAAGAUCUUAAUUUAUUUUACACUUCACUGUCACUUAGAAUUACUGAAGGCACUGGAAACAUGCAUGAAGAAUCCAACACCCAAGCCCUAUAUGCUCAAGAUGGUUUAUGACAUAAAAUCAUGGAUUAGUGAUUAUUGUGAGGAGUUACAUGAACACACAGUUCCAAAGUGCUUUAAAUUUACAUUGAAUGAAGGAUGGAAAAGCAGUUAUGCACUACAGAAAUUGGAGCCAUGAGCCAUGGAAAGAGCCCAUUGCAAUGCUGAAGGUUAGCACAUGAAAUUCUUAAUUAGUGGUUCCUGAGUCAUAGUUAAAAUAGUAACUUAAAAGCUUACCUGAUGUUUUCUGAAGUAGCAUUGGCACUGACAAUUUGUAGGCCUGAAAAAUAACAUUAAUGCUCCAAAUAACUGAAUGUUUGCUGACAUUACAUGUUAAGAAUAUGCUGGGUUUAAAUUGAUCCUCAAUUUAAAAUGUAUCUCACUGCUUUUCCCUGUCUUUAAGAUUGGGAUCAUAAUGUGUACAAGUCAAAGAAGAAUUAAAUGGAAAGAGAAAGCCCUUAUUAUUGUCUCUCAAGGAAAUUUGAGCCAACAAAUACAUUGCUAGACAUGGUUUGAUGCUACUCUGGUUUAAAGAUUAAUUUUGUUGAAUUUAACAGAUAAGUUACAAUUAUUUAAUAUUUAAACCAGAAUAAAAUCAAACCAUGUUUGAUUGUUCACCUGGCUGCCUUGUGAGAUUUAAUAUAUCAAAUUCAUUGUUGCCUUUUUUUGCUAUACUAGAGUUUACCCUCUGGAAAGCCAAAUACUGUGACUCCUUCCCUACAUAAACUGGACAUGGAGGGAUUGAAGAGAGAUAUUCCCACCAAAUAUCCCAAGAAUAUGCCCUUAAAAGCAUCUGAAGAGUGGGAAUCCUGGUUAGCAAAUACAGAGUUUAAUCUAUUAUCAGUACCUGACAACUACACUUGGCCAGUGGAUGAAUUGAAGAAUACUUCAAGGACUGUUUUAGCCUCAAAUGCUGAACUCCCUCAUGAACUUUUAGAGCUCAGAGAGAAAGAGAUCCAGCCUAUCACAGAGGUGAAUAAUAAUUAAAAUGCAGCAGUGGACACUAAAAAGCCAAGCCUUCAAAUGGUCCUACAGAUAUAAAAGAGAAAUAAUUAGAGGGGUCCAUUCCUCUAACCCCUUCUGCGUCCAGUUAUAGAUUAUACAAGUCCAACUUUAGAUAUAUAAUAAUGUACAUGAUAAAAUUACAUGCUUCUGAUUGGCUGAAAACAAGCCAAUUCUCAUGUAGCACAAAUGCAAAGUUGCAACAUGAGUGCAAAUUACAAAUAGGGCAAACACACUUUCAAAAUUUUGUCUGCACAUUGUUCUUGCAAUUUGGUCUACUAAGCACUUGUAAUUUUUCAAAUACCACGAAAUUGCACUUGCCCUUCGGACUCGUGCAAAAAUUUUGUUGUCUUUGGAAACUUAUUUGUGCUUAUUCACACCAAAUUGCACUAAUAGAAUAUGACACGGUCACAUAAUCCAUUACUUAUAAUUAAUCAAAGAAUAAAAUGAUAAGAACAAUUGAUAAUUGAUACAUCUCAGUCGAAAUGCUCACCUAAACAAGUAAAUUCUAAUGAAAUGUCUGUUGAAUAUUUCAGAUUUACACAGGCCGUUACAGGACCCCGAGGGAAAGGGAAGCGCCUAUUGAAAUGGUAGACGAUUUCCUCGCUACUCUUCAAGUCAGCUGCUUUGUGGCUUUGUACUUCGCCAAUUACGAUAAACUGCCCUGCAUUGGCAAGGUCCUGGCCGUCGAGGAGGACAAUUUUAAGGUGCAUUACUGGAAAGGCACUUACUGUGGAAAGUGGACUCCUCAGCAUGUUCCCCGACAAAAAUCCAGACCAUGGGUGGAGAUCCUUCCUAAGAGCUGUAUAGUGUGCAGUUCAUUUGAGCUUACGGAAGACAACAAGCUAAUGCCAUCAACAAGAAAAUUUCUCAAGGAAAGAUAUGUUGCUUUGAGGACAAUUCAAUCCUGA